AUGAGCGACGGAAACGAUUUUGACGAUGAAUUCGUCGUCGUUGAGAAGCAAACGACGGAAAAGAUACAGACGAUACCAACGCCGAGAAGGAGGAAGGAAAACGAAGCGGAGGAGGAGGCGAGAACGAGAAAAGUUAUUCCUCGACCGAGAAAGGAUGAAGGCGAAAAUUUCGGCGAACGAGAUCGAGAACGAGACCACGUACGCACUCUUUCGUCGUCCGCGUCGGAGGAGGAUCAGGAGACUCGUCGUUGUCCACCGACGCCGCCACCUUCCCCGAGACUUGAAGAAGAAGAAGAAGAGAAAGAAGUAAAAAUGUACGUGCCUCCUCCUCCGCCUUUACCUCCGUCACCUCCACCGAUGCCUCCGUCACCGCCGCCGCCGUUACCUCCACCGCUGCCGACGUCUUUACCGGCGAACUUAACUUUGACGCAGCAUCACGAAAACGCGCAUCACUACGCGGCAUCGAUGGCGGCCGCGGCGGCGGCGAUGUCGUUUGGCGAUAUGCGCUUGUCCGCUUCGCCCGCGUCUUCUUCUUCUUCUCAAUCGAUGAUGAUGGGUGGUCAUUCGUAUCGUCACCAACAGCAACAGCACGGAAGGGAAGGAGGGAAGGAGCAACACGUUGAAGUCGCGCAACAUAUGCAACCGCCGCCAAAUACGCCGAAACCUCCCAAUCAGCACUGGUCGUUAGAUUACUCGUCCCACUACGUGGUCACGGGAGAACGACCGCAGAACUUUAUCAUCGAUCCGCAAGGCAUCCCGACGCCUGCUUUGCAAAAACUGGUAGAUUUGAAGAGCGAGCUGAUUAACGCGCACGCGCACGUGCCGCUGAGCGUAAAGAUAGAGAGUGCGAAGACGUGCGAGUUGACGAGUGAGAAUUUAGGGACGUUUGAUGUGGUGGUCAUUAAUCCCGAUUGGUCGAAAAUGAAUUGGCGAGACGUAGCGAGGCUGGAUUUAAACGCAGUAACUUCGGAUAAGGCGUUCGUAUUCUUGUGGAUUGGGAAAGGAGAUGGAAGAAUGCACGAAAACGCGUUGAAGAUUAUGAAAGCAUGGAAAUUUCGUCGAUGCGCGGAGGAGAUUGUCUGGGUCAAGACAGGAUUGGAUAGGACCGAGUCGUCGCUGACGCCUUCUUCGUCUCCGGCUUCGUCGUCAGCCUCGAGGAGAAGUGUUGCUUCUGGGAGCGUCGGAGCAGUAGGAACUCCUCCGUAUGCUUCUCCAUCUUCUUCUUCGAUGUCGCCAUCAUCUCCAAGUACCCCAUCGACUCCAUCAUCGGCGUCUUCUUCUUCGUCUCCUUCUUCGUUUCGAUCGAGGACGUCUACGUCUAUCGCGUCGACGAUGUCGCACUUAUCGACGCUUUCAGAAGAUGGAGAAGGAAUGAACGAGGAAGAAUUCCCGUUCACUUUGCAUAAAGAGCACUGCAUGAUUGCAGCAAAAGCAAAAGUCACGCGUAAAGAAGCGCAAUUGAUUCACGCGAACGUAGACGCUGACGUUAUCAUUUCGCCGCCUCUGCAGGGAAAUCAAAAACCAGAUCAGAUUUACGCCAUCGCGGAACGCUUUGUCCAAGGGUUGAGACGUUUGAACUUGUUCGGAGACAGUCAACUACUCCGCCCUGGUUGGGUCACGGUCAGCGAAAACGUGUACAGAACGACGCACAAUCCAAUCACGUACAGAAAAGCGUUUGAGGGAACGAGGGUAAGCGGGAAAUUCGAGGCGCAAUAUCAAAGACGAGCGAACCGAGCGAUGAUGCAACAACAACAGCAAUACAAUCAAUACACUCAGUAUCAAUCGCCGCAGUCGUCCAUGACGCCACAAUAUCAACAACAGCAGCAACAACAAGUGCAAAGAGAGCGUCAAACGUACACGUAUCGACAUAAAAGUGGCUCAAGUCCGCAGAGCAGUCCUCAAAGAGUGAGUCGUCCCGCGCACUUGCUACCGCACGACGAAGAUAUAACGCGUUUACGACCUAAAUCGAGAAGUCCGUCUAAAUCGAGUGGUGGUAAAGGUGGUAAUGUUGGUGGUGUUAGUGGUGGUACUGGCACUGGUAGUGGUCAAUUUUCCAGCUACGAAGAGUACGAGUAUGCGGCGGACAAAUAUUACUCUCCAAGGACGUCUCCUUCGGGGCCGAUGUUCUCUCACUACACGCCGCCACCGACGUUUUAUCCACAACAACAUCAAUACCCUUACGUAUCUCAGCAAUAUAUUCAUGCGCUGCAGCAUCAGCAGCAGCAACAUCAUCAGCUGCAACAACAAUAUCAAUUUGGUUAUAAAGAGCAGCAACAGCAACAGCAAUACUAUUAUGAAGGCACAAACUUCACUUCGCCUCCAGGAAGCAGCAGCGGCCCGGCGUAA